AGUAGAUGAUUUGCUCGCUUUUUGCUCGGACGUAGGACCGCCCAGCAAAAAUUCAAUUGAUUAAAUAAACUAGUUGACUUUAAGCCUUUAGUACAAACUCUACAUGACAAUAAUACAAUAAUGUGUGUUCUAUAGCCAGUGAAUUCAAAUUUUCAUUCAUCGUUUAACGCCGCCGCUGUCGAACGCAAUUGUGUGUGACCCCAAAAGCCUAUCACAAAUAUUCACUUUCUCCAAACAAACGCACAAAAAGCAAGUCCACGAGGGUAAAUUGUGCAAUAACACAAAGAUAUGUCUCCGCAGGAAAAGGGAAAGGUCAUACGAGUUGGAUCUCGUAAAAGCGAGCUUGCAUUAAUUCAGACUAAGCAUGUCAUUGGACGCCUGCAGAAACUUUACCCCAAGCAGAAAUUCGAAAUACAUACGAUGUCCACGUUUGGGGAUCGAGUGUUGAACGUUUCACUGCCCAAGAUUGGCGAGAAGAGUCUCUUCACUCGCGAUCUGGAGGAUGCGCUGCGCAAUGGAGGAGUUGACUUUGUGGUGCACUCGCUGAAAGAUUUGCCCACAGCGCUGCCCACGGGAAUGGCCGUGGGCGCUGUGCUGGAGCGUGAGGAUGCGAGAGAUGCUUUGGUGCUGCGUGAGAAUUACAAGGGUCACACCAUUGCCGAUCUGCCCGAGGGCAGUGUGAUUGGCACUUCUUCGCUGCGUCGCACGGCACAGAUUCGACGUCAGUAUCCGCAUUUGGUGGUCUGCGACAUACGCGGAAAUCUUAAUACACGUCUGGCCAAGCUGGAUGCCAAGGACUCCAAGUUUGCCGGAAUCAUUCUGGCCCAGGCCGGUCUGGUGCGCAUGGGCUGGAAUAGUCGCGUCAGUCAGGUGCUGGAGCCCACGGAUCUGCUUUAUGCUGUCGGGCAGGGCGCUUUGGCCGUGGAGUGUCGGGCGAAUGAUAGCCAGGUGCUGGCCAUGCUGCAGAAACUUAUGUGCCUGAAUACCACAUGCCGCAUUUUGGCCGAACGCAGCUUCCUCAAGACGCUGGGCGGCGGCUGCUCGGCGCCCGUAGCUGUCUGGAGCAAGCUGAAGGGAGAACCGAACAGCAUCAGCAGCAAUGGCAACAAGCAGACGUUGCAACAGGAAGUUGGCCUAUCGCUAACGGGUGCUGUUUGGAGUCUGGAUGGUGCCAUCGAGAUACGCGAGCACUUGGACUGUGCCUUGCAUGAUACAGAGAUGGAAGAGCAGCGACGCAAGCGUGCUGCCAAUGAGAAUCAAACGGCGCUGACAAAUGGCAAUGACAACAGCAACAGCUGCGACUCGCCGCCUGCCAACAAACGUGCACGAAAUGGCAACGACAACAGUGCUUCCGGUUCUGGCUCCGAUUCGAGCUCGGACAGUCCGAGACAACAGGGAAGUCCGCCGAUCAUUUGCGAGGAUGCCGACGUCACCGGGUACAGCAUGGAUGAGCUGCUCGAACGUCACAUUGACUUGGCUCGCAAAUGUCCCGUGGUUGGCCAUGAGAACAACAAUACGAACAAUGCCAAUGGCAACGGCAGCGGCGAUGCUGGAGGCGGUGGCGAUGCUGAUACGAGUAAUGCAAAUGCGACGACGGCUGCUGAUGCUCACUGUCCGCUGAAGAUGAAUGUGGGUCAGGAUUUCAUGGGCGAGUGUCCGUUCGUUAGCAACGAGACAAAGAUCAGCUACGCCAGCGCGGGGAAAUGUCCCGUCACGCACUUGGCCAGUUUGCCCGCGCCCGUCACUUCGCCCAUUGGCGAUGUGCCCGACAAUGCAACAGCGACGGCGACCGUGACGGCAACGACGUCUUCCAAGUGUCCAUUUGCUGCCAUGCAUCAAGGCAGCGGAUUGGAGGCUGCGCCAGAGAGUUCGGGGCAUGCCAAGUGUCCGUUCCUGCAGAAGACAGUGCAGAUGUUUGAUUACGCCGAUGAGGAGCAGCCAAAGCCGCAGCAGCUCAAGUUGCCCGUGCUGAUUGAAGAUGUGGACAAUCUGUACUGUGGCCUCUAUCAGCAUGCGUGCUACAGCCGAGAGAUUUAUGUGAAAGCGAAUCAAUUGGGCCAGACGUUGGCCGAGCAUCUCAUCAAGAAGGGUGCCCUGGAUGUGAUGAAAGUGGCGCAGGCUGAGAUUCACAGCAAGGUGGGAUCCUGAGGACCAAUCUCAUCUCAAUUCACCGUCAUCGUCAUCUUCAUCGUACACAUUAAGUAGCAAAGUGUAACUAGUAAAUUGUUUUGCAAUAUGUUUUGUUUUGUUACGCGCGGGCUCGGCGUAAACAUUUUGUUUUUGGAAUGCAAAGUCCCAAUUAUAUAGAUUGUAUUGUAUUGUAUCUAGGGUAUCUAAAUGGUUACUGCUCUCUCUCACUAUCUUGUUGAAUUACUAUUGAAAUUACAUUUAUGCUUAUUGUUUAUGUUAUCUGCAAAUUAAACAAUAUGGAAAUGAGAACAAAA